AUGCGGGCACGCCGUAUUCUCAGACCAAUUUGCAUUAAUGAAAUUGCCCUGGGACUGCAUUUCUCGGACUACUUCGAAGCAGGCCCGCGGACGGAAAUCCAAAGAUCAACCGCUCCGUGCCGGUCCUCGCCAGAUCAUACUGGAUUAUGGCGGCGCACAAAGGCCUCCGGGAGAGCGCAGACGCAGAGCAGAACAGCCGAUGGUACAGCCGUCUCCCAGGAUUUCCCGGCUGUCUUCAGAAGCGGUUUAGUCCCUCUGGAUACUACCGAAGCUCCUUGGCUCACCUCCGAGCUGCCGACGGACACAACGCCGUGGGAGGAUCAUUAUCAAUUCCAAGCAAGGGCGGUCUUGCCCAUAGAUCCUCCCAUAGACACGCCCACAGACACGCCCACAGAUCCUCCCACAGACACGCCCACAGAUCCUCCCACAGACACGCCUACAGAUCCUCCCUUAGACACGCCCACAGAUCCUCCCACAGACACGCCCACAGAUCCUCCCACAAUCACGCCCACAAACACCACUGCCUCGACGACCAUAGAGACGUCAACUACCACAAUCACCGACACGCUUGUAGUCACCGACACGACGACGGAAACGACCACGGAAACUACCACCGCCACCGAGGUCACGACCGCCACCGAGGUCACGACCACCACCCGGACCUUUUCCGUCACCACGACCUACACGGAGAUCGAAACCCUGACCAGCACUGUCGUAGAAACCCUCACGACGUCGAAGGCCGCCGCCGCCACACACACGCCCUCCGCUGACCAAAGCAAAGGACCCGUGAUCACGCCCGUCCAGCCCGUUUCUCCUUCCGGGUGGCUCUACGGCUCCCUGGCCUUCGCUGGACUGGGCCUGAUGCUCAUGGUGGCCGGGGGCGUGUGGCUCAUCAUCACCUUCGUCAGGAAAGCGUCCAUGAAUGCCAGAAGAGGAAUCGUCUAAGCGGAGACUGCAGAGGUCGCCGAGGGUCAGGUUGCCAUGGUUACUAAAAAGUCAGGCUGCUUAGAUUACUAAAGCCUGGGCUGCAGAAGGUACCAAGGGCCGGGCUUUCUAGAAGUAUGCUGCGGAGGUCGCCAAGAGACUGAUUAUGCUGAGGUCACCGAGAAUUGAGCUUCCAAGGUCACCGAGAAUUGAGCCUCUAAGGUCACCAAGAGCUACCUAGGUAACCGAAGAUCAGGCUGUCUUAAAUCGAGGGUCACGAUCUGCAGAGGUCAGUAAGAAUAGGCCUGGUCUCCAGGAACUGAACUGCCGAGGGCACCAAAUGGCAUAGAUACCCAAGUCACCGAGUCAUGCUGCCGGAGUCAUCGAACCUUUCGAGAGGGGGAAGAUCUUGAAAAAAUGGAUAUAUUUAUAUAUUUAUCUCGUUGAACUAGCAAUAACGCCUCUGAUAUUUUAAUUACUGCUCAACCUCAGAAUUUUGAAUCUUCGACUUGCAAAUGAUGACGUUAUCGCUUUUGCUUUCGUCACUGAUUACAAAUUAAGAGUCCACUUUUCUGAAGGGCCAGAGAACAAGAGAACCUCUUGUUUUCGAAACCGAAUGCAUUCGAGGCCGAAAUGAGAAAAUCCGUGUUUUCGAAACCGAGUGCAUUCGAGGCUGAAGUGAGAAAAUCCGUUUUUUUUCGAAACCGAAUGCAGUCAUUUUACGAAAUUCUCCUAUUGGCGUUUUGCUCUCAUGUAUAUUUUUGAAAGAUUUAUUGUAAAUAAUAACUGGGACUAUUCCACAGAAUGUUGAAUGUAUAUGGAUGUCCUCAUAUUUAAAUUCUGUACAUUUUAAAGUAUUACGUUUAUCAAUUAUACUAAAAUCAAAUUCAUGUACGUGAUUUUUGUCUAACGUUUUAGUGUAAUUUGUAUUGUUUCUGUGUUUUGAAGUUUUAUUAAAUUAUUGC